AUAACCGUCGAUUUGAUCCAUACGAGACACGUUCGUUAAAGUGUGUAAAUGACACUAGUGAGAGAAAGACGGCACCACCACGCUCUCCGGCUAUCCCUCCCCCCACCAAUUCCGGCACCUGACUUCCGGCAUCGGAGCCAAGUCGGUCCGACGUCACCCGACUUCGAAAGCCUCGCAGACCUCGAGAAGCUCACAGUUCUCGGCCAUGGCAAUGGUGGCACUGUCUACAAAGUGCGCCACAGGAAGAGCGCGUCCGUUUACGCUCUCAAAGUUCUUCGUUUUGAUGAGGAUGCCACUGUCAUCCGCCAUCAGGCGGCGUGCGAGGCGGAGAUCCUUAAACGCGUUGACUCGCCAUUUAUCGUCAAAUGCCUCGCCGUGUUCGAGACCAUUGGAGGGGAGCUUUGCUUCCUAAUGGAGCACAUGGAGAGAGGAUCCUUGCAUGAUGCUUUGUGCUUGAGAGAGAUUUUGCAGGAGGAUAUCAUCUCCGGCGUGGCGGAGAGAGUGCUCCGGGGGUUGCAUUAUCUUCACGGCUUGCAAAUAGUGCACGGCGACAUUAAACCGUCGAAUCUGUUAAUCGACGGCAAUGGUGACGUAAAGAUUGCGGACUUCGGGGUGAGCAAGAUUGUGGUUGGCACGUGCAACGCGGGCGACACAUGCAUGGGGACGUGCGCUUACAUGAGUCCGGAGCGGAUUGAUCCGGAGAGGUGGGAUGGGGAUAACGCCGAUGGGUUCGCCGGCGAUGUUUGGUCCCUUGGCGUUGUGGUGUUGGAAUGUUUUGUGGGUCACUAUCCGUUGAUAGGUAUAGGGGAGAAACCAGAUUGGGCAGCGUUGAUGUGCGCCAUAUGCUUUGGGGAGAGGUUCGAGAUGCCUGAGACUGCUUCACCGGAGCUUAGGAGCUUCGCGAGAAGGUGUUUGGAGAGGGAUUGGAGAAAGAGAGGGACGGUGGUUGAGCUUCUAGAUCAUCCCUUUAUCUCGAAUAGAAAAUGUGGGGAUCUAAUUAGAACAGUUGAAUAACCUUUUUUUGGUUUAGAAUCUUGCUUUUGCCAUCCAAAAAGUUCCAAUCUUGGUACUUUUUUCCCUCGUAAAUUAUGUUUUGGCUCAUGUUUUAGAAGCUAUAUGGGUUAAGCUAUCUAUGCAAUGGAAAUUCAUUGUUGGAUAUCGGAAAAGUUUGGCCCUUAAUUUUGCACAUACAGAAUUCAGCAAUGAUAUUGUUGUCCGAGGAGAAAGGGAGGAUA